AUGUCACAAUCGUUGAGCUCGGCCCCACGCUUGAAGCCGGACGUUCGCCUCGCACAGGCUGUGUCACAGUUCGAAGCCGAACUGUCCAAUGAGCAAAAAGCAAGUUUCCGUGCCUGGAGAACUAAAUCAAUUGAAUCUCCACCUGGUAUUCAAGAUGUCAUGGAACUCACCGCUGAGAUUGAUCGUGUCUCGGAGAAGAGACGCCGGUGCUUGGGACCGCGACUUAUGAACAUCCUACAAGCUACCCAGCAAUUCGCUGCUUUAGGGGAUAUCAUUGUUGGUGGAUCUCAGAAUCUACUUGCAUGUGGUGUCUGGUCAAUAGUGCGGAUUUCGCUUCUACUAGUCCUCGACUUUUCCUCCUAUCUUGAGCAAUUGUCGAAGAUAUUCAUGACUGCUGGCCGUCUUGCCCCGCGCUACGAAAAGAUGGCUUUACUUUAUCCUCGGUCAAAGGAUUUACAAUCUUGUCUUUGUGAAUAUUUUAUUUUGAUCGUACGCCUUUGCCAUGAAAUGACUACUUUUACACGCAAGUCAAUUUUCGGGAAAUUGACCUCCGCGCUUGGUGAAUCGGACUUGAAGACAUAUCAAUCAGAGCUAGAAUCCUGGGGAAAGACAAUCAAAGAUGAAGUCGUGUUCUUGAUGGCCAAGGGAAUUGAGGACGAAGCCGAAAACAAUUCGCGAUUCAGAACGGUCUCGUCGAUAUUCCAAAAAUCAACUGCAUACCAGCAAGCGAUUCAAACGAAACAGCGGGUACUUGAUUUCUGCUCCAAGUACGAUUGCACAGUGUCGUGGAAGCAAGCUCGAAAAUCGGGCAACACUAAUCUGUUUCGGGAGAGCCCCAAAUAUCAAGAUUGGAAAAGUAUGCCACUUUCUUCCACUCUCGUCUACACUGGGAAGUUGGGCUCUGGGAAGUCUGUCUUGCUUGCCAAUAUAGUGGACGAUCUCCACAUCCAGAAUGAAAAGACCCAUGUGGCAUAUUUCUUUUGCCGGCAUGACGUCUCGGAGAGUCUAAAAGCGCGGGAGGUGAUCGGCUCAUUGGCUCGCCAGUUGUUAUACCCUAUAGCAGACUUCACGGCUGCCGCAGAAUACUUGGAUAGAACGGAUCAGUUGGAACCGAUGGAGAGACUAAUGGGACUUCUUUCAAGCUGUCUUGCUCCCCUUCGUCAAACAACAAGGUUCUUCCUUGUUGUUGAUGGGCUGGACGAGCUCGACGUGCAUCAAAGAGACAUCUUGAUCCAGCAACUAUCAGAUCUUCAAAGUGAAACAUUUGCAAUGCUACUUUGCAUGUCUCUUCGUGAGGAUCCCAACGAGAACCCCCUCAAAACUAACUUUGCGCGACUUGCUGCGCCGGUUGUUACAGCAAUUCCAAACAAUACACCCGACAUUGAGGAUUUCAUUGAAACAGAAUUGGAAAGUCGAAUCGAAUCUGGACAGCUCACUAUUGGCAGUCCUCUUCUGAUCCUGGAAAUUCAAGACGCUCUCUUGAAAGGAUCACAGGGGAUGUUCCUUUGGGUAGCCCUCCAAAUCGAGUCUUUAUGCGCCAUGGAAAGUGACGAGGAGAUCCGCCAAGGUCUUGCUGACCUACCGAAAGAUCUCUCAGAAACAUUCUCUCGUACUUUACGAACAAAGUCCCAACAUACCCGCCAAAAGGAGAUAUUGGCCAUUCUGACUGUGGCCCAAACUCCACUCACACUCCAGCAACUACGCGAAGCGUUAUGUGUUGUACCGGGUGAUUUGGACUGGAAUUCAGAUAGGCUUCUCAACAAUAUGCACAACACCUUGGCUUCUUGUGGCAGUCUCGUUGCCAUUGAUGAGGAGGAGCUUACUAUACAUCUUGUUCACCACAGUGUAAAACAGUUCCUCCUUGGUGAAUUCAAAGAUUCGACCGAAACCCUAGUCAAUGUUGAUGACGCUCAUCAAAUGAUGGCAAGCAUCAUUGUCACCUACCUCAACUAUAGCGUGUUUGAAACUCAAGUUUCAAAGACCGUAACACCUCACCUGCGAACCUCGUCGGUACCCUCUGAGGUGAUUCUCUCAACACUCAAAUCAUCAACUGGUGUGCGAAACAUGGCAAUCAAACUCCUUCGAUCCCGAAAAACGUCUGGUUUUGAUAUUGGAAAAGUUAUCGCAGAGACGAAGAUCCAGGGCCAUUCUGUAGAGGAGCAGUUCUACUUCCACAAAUAUGCAGUAUCAUUCUGGCUAUACCAUGCCGUGCACGCCUUUGACCUCCCCGAGGCUAUACACAAGUUAUUACUCAGACUCUUGGAUCGCAGGAUACCUUUGGGCCUCAACGUUAAUGACGAAGAUAUCGACAAAUUAUUGUCAUGGUCCGCGAAAAAGAAACAAUAUGCAUCUUUGAUCAAGAUUUUGCUUGAUUCCGGCAACAUGACAUCAACGGAACGAGAUAUGACUUUGGAUGCACUGCAUAUUGCUGCAGGCGAAGGACACGGUGCAAUGAUUAAAGUGCUCUUAGAGUGCGCAAAGAUGAAUGACAUGAUGAUGUUUGAGGGAUCUCACCCCCAGCGCCUACAACUAUCCGCUCAAAACGACCGUGCGUGGAUUGAACAACGGUCAGUUGAUUCUGACAAGGUCAAUGUCAACUCGAGGGAUUCCCUACGAUGGACUCCCUUACAUCGAGCUGCUCUGAAUGGACACACGUCGACCGUGAUCUUUCUGCUUACGGUCGUCAACGCCAAUCCUGAGACCCCCGAUACAAUGGGGCUCACCCCUUUGCAUCUGGCCAGUAUGAAUGGUCACUCUGAUGCGGUCAAGGCACUCCUUGAUCACGGAAAUGCAGACCCGAAUGCUCUUGAUGUAGAAGGCCGAACUCCCGGGGAUCUUGCUUUGGAGAAACUCGAUGACGAAACCAUUUCAAAGCUAGAUCCUCGGCUUUUCGGUUCUUCGAGAGAAAUAAUUGAUGUUUACUCCGCCGAAGAACAGGCCGGUUCUUCCACUUGGUUGAAUGGAUUGAUAGCAGACAAAUGGACUACUAGUGGAAGUUAUUUCCUAGGGUAA